AUGUAUGAGAAGAGGUCCAAGUGCUCCUUCUCCCGCCUGGAGGUGAUCCUCAUUGUGUGCCUGGUGUUAAUGAUAGCGGUGACAGUGGUGCUCCUCGUUCUCCACUUUCUCCCCAAAGACAGCAAAGGCAAGUUAAGCUAUUUCAGUCCUGCCAUCACACCCUGCUCGAGAGUCAAAGAAACAGAAAACUACUUACUGGGCGUAGGUCGAGCUGACUGCACAGGACCUGUGGCAGAAAUUCCUUUAAUGGGAUAUGCCAACCCAGACCAGGUGGGUGGAGGGCUUCUCAUGCGCCUCUACAGCCGAGCCUUCAUUGUGGCAGACGUUGAUGACUCCAGGCGAGUAGUGUUUGUCAGCGCCGACAUAGGAAUGGUGUCUCAGAGAGUGAGGCUGGAGGUGCUCAAGAAACUGAAGAGCAAGUAUGGCGAGCUGUAUCGACAGGACAACGUCAUCCUCAGUGGCACCCACACACACUCAGGGCCUGGUGGCUACUUCCAGUACACCCUCUUCUGGAUCACUAGCAAAGGGCUAAGCAGACAGUCCCUCAACGCUAUCGUGAAUGGCAUCGUAAAGAGUAUUGAUCUAGCACACCAGAAUAUGAAGAGAGGAAGGAUUUUUAUAAACAGAGGCAUUGUAGAAAACAGUCAGAUCAACAGAAGCCCUUUCUCCUAUCUUGAGAACCCCGCGUCUGAACGAAGCAGAUAUUCAUCCGACACAGAUAAAGAAAUGGUGAUGCUGAAGAUGGUAGACAUGAAUGGAGAGGAUCUAGGACUUAUCAGCUGGUUUGCUGUGCACCCGGUCAGCAUGAACAACACAAACCACCUUGUGAACAGCGACAACAUGGGCUACGCAUCUUACCUGUUCGAACAGGAGAAGAACAAGGGGAUGCUUCCCGGAGAGGGCUCCUUUGUUGCUGCUUUUGCAUCGUCCAAUUUGGGAGACGUGUCGCCCAACACCAAAGGCCCAUUCUGUGUAAACACGGGGGAGUCGUGCAAUAACCCACAGAGCACCUGUCCCGUGGGGGGGGCAACUAUGUGCAUGGCCAUGGGUCCUGGUAAUGACAUGUUUGACAGUACAAGAAUUAUAGGGCAAAAUAUCUACAUGAAAGCAAGGGAGCUGUAUGAAAAAGCUUCCCAGCAGGUCACAGGGCCCCUCAGCUCAGCUCACCAGUGGGUGAACAUGAGUGAUGUCUCAGUGGAGCUCAAUGCCACACACACGGUUAAAACUUGCAAGCCAGCCUUAGGAUACAGCUUUGCCGCCGGUACUAUUGAUGGAGUGGGGGCUUUCAACUUCACACAAGGCUCAGUAGAUGGGGACCCGUUUUGGGACGAAAUCCGGGACCAGCUGCUGGGAGAACCGUCCAAUGAAACGAAAGCCUGCCACAAACCUAAGCCAAUACUCUUUAGCACCGGAGAGAUGUCUCGACCUCACCCAUGGCACCCUGAUAUCGUGGACGUUCAGAUUGUUGCCGUUGGAUCUCUGGCAAUCAUUGCUGUUCCCGGAGAGUUCACGACCAUGUCUGGACGCCGGCUAAGGGAAGCUGUUAAAAAAGAAUUUGAUUCUCAUGGUACACCAAGAAUGGAUGUUGUAAUUGCAGGACUGUGCAAUGUCUACACUCAUUACAUUGCCACCUAUGAAGAAUACCAGGCUCAACGAUAUGAAGCUGCAUCAACUAUUUAUGGGCCGCACACCCUUUCUGCUUAUAUUCAACUGUAUAGAGGACUUGCAAAGGCUAUUGCUACGAAUGCAGUUCAGGAUUUGCCACGUGGCCCAGAGCCCCCAUUUUUCAACAUAGGUAACUUGACUUUGGUGCCUGCUCUCACUGCUGACCGCGCGCCGGCCAACAAGACAUUUGGAGAUGUGCUACAAGAAGUGAGGCAACACUAUCAAGUGAGAGAAGUUGCUGAAGUAACUUUUGUGGGUGCGAACCCCCGGAGCUCUACAGAAAAUGUGACUGAACACAACUUCCUGACAGUGGAGAGAUAUACCAGAACUUCAGAGAUCUGGGACGUGGUAGAAAACGAUGCCUCCUGGAACACCAGGUUUUACUGGACCAAAGGACUAUUGGGUCGGAGCAAUGUGACUAUUGAAUGGCACAUCCCUCCUGGCACAGAGCCGGGUGCCUACAGGAUACGGUACUUCGGGCACUACAAGAAAAAAGUGGCUAACAAUCGCUUUAUCACUCUUCCUUUUGAAGGCACAUCUUCAGUGUUUGAAAUCACAGUUCUGUAGGUAAACUUGUUCAUUAAAAGAAUUGUUUCUUAUGAGCAGUAGAUUUGCUAUCUGCAAUGUUCACAAAGCACACCUAGGAAUUGUUUUGCUGUUAUGCUGUCAUCACGACCAGUGCUGCUGGUCACCCUUUGCUGUGCAAGGCUUGACUUCCUGCAAAGUCUUGACCUUUACCAACAAUUCAAUCUCACUAGUCCAAUGUAUUCUCAUUCGAGCGGUUCAGUUCCUGGCCAGAUUUUAUUGCAGCUGAUUCUCAUUGUAAUAAAAGAUGUAGCUAUUUUCUUUCUUUAUGAAUGGGCUUUGUUAGAGAGAGUGAGUGCAUAUCAGGAGAUAAUCCAGAAAAUAAGUAUUCCAUAAAAUUGAACCCAAUCCAUAUAACUGGGAAAAGCUGCUGGAUUCAGAAACCAUCAGAAGAGAAGACGCCUCAAUUGUCCUCGAAUUGCAUAGCUGGCCUCUUAAAUAAAGGGAGAGAUUGGAUAGAUACUCAUCAGAAAAGUUUGAAUUAGUCAUUCUGGUUUAAGACAUUCAUUCUCUGAGUUAAAAGCCACCCUAGACUAUGGGUGUUGGGUGGGCAAGAGUGUCCGAUGCAGU